UUUAGAUUAGUGGCCACUCGGACUCGUUGACGUAAAGGUCACAUAACAAAGUUACCGAGAUUGACCCGUGUUAUUGAGUUCAUUCAUGACUGUUUUAUAAUUCUGCACACGAAUCCACUUUGGCUGAGCGCCAUUCAAUCAUGGCGUCCGGAUAAACUGGUCGCAGUUGAAGCUUGUCCAGUAAGAUUAGCUUGCUAGCUGCCAACAAAGGGACGCGGAAGUGUGCAAAUACAUCACGAAAGCAGAGAUAAAGACAGUGUAGUGUUGGGAUUGUGUUUUAACGUUGAAUCCAGAUACCAGGAGCAUAUCUUUGGUUGUUGAAGAAAUAUUUGUAGCGUUUGGAAAAACCUUGUCCAAAAAAAAAAAAAAACGAACGAUAACGUAUUUCCGCAGUUUUCAAAAAGCGUCAAGUCGUGUUUCACAUAGCAGGUUUGUAAACAUCGUUAAAUCACGUCGUUAAAUGACUUAUUUUCAUUAUUACUACUGCAGAGGGUCCUCGCUUUACGACGGCCAUAAGCGGUUUGAGGUUGGGAACGGCGCGCAGCGCAGCUAGAUAUUGCAUUAUUAUUACAAAAUUUUAUUUACAACGUCGUUAACUGGGAACGCACUGUAUUUCCGAAAAGGUUUUCUCCCUGAACGUCUUGUUUUUUAAUGUCAUUCUCAUGAAGAUGGUACAUUGUUUCGUUUUUCUAAGGUCUCCAGGUUGACGUGACAGUUUCUAUGGAAUCUUUCCCACAUGGAUUUGUCAAAGAAAUCUCUUCCUGUGUCAGAUGUCGGUGAAAAAGAUUUUCAUCCUGAGCAACAGGAGUGGCGCUUCAGAAUGGAGCAGCAGGAGCCAGAGCCCCUCCAUAUUAAAGAGGAGGAGCCAGACCCCACCUACAUUAAAGAAGAAGAGGAAGGAAUGUGGGACAGUGAGAAGGGAGAGCGUCUUCAAGAGCUGGAGUUUCCAGUUAUUCGUGACAUUGUGAAGACAGAAAGUGAUGAAGACACAGGUCAGCCGUCACAGUGUCAUCCCAGUAAAAGUGAGGAGACCAGAGGGCCUGAGCCUCCAAGCAGAAUCUUAAGUCAACACAAGACAACAGAAAGCGAUGGAGACCACAGUGGAGAAUCGCAAGCAGACCGCUGGUUAGCUCCACUAUCAGAUAGUGACAACACAAUGUCACACUCACCUGAAACUGAGGAUGAAAACUCAAAAGUUGAUAUGGCAUGUCACACUGACAACAAACAUGUAAAAUGUCCCCACUGUGACAAAACUUUUGGUAACAAGAAAAAUCUGACAAGACACAUGAAGUGUCAUACAGGAGAAAAACCAUUCAGUUGCACAGUUUGUAGUAAAAGCUUCUCUAUAAAGGGAAGUUUGAUAGCGCACAUAAGAACACACUACAGGAGAGAAACCAUUCCUCUGCUCAGUAUGUGGUAAAAGUUUCUCCAUCAGGGGAAAUUUGUUGAUACACACUAGAACGCACACUGGCGAGAGACCAUUUACAUGCCCAAUCUGCAACACGAGUUUUGGAGUUC